CACAAGCCUGAUGUGGUUACAAUCAUACAUGUGUUUAAUAACUGAGUAGACCUAGUAUUACAUGAUGGCUAUAUAAACCAGCAGCAGUACUUGAUCAGAGAGACAUCUGUUGAUCCUUCUUCACAGGGUAUCUAUCUAUUAUGGAUAAAGCAGCCAAAGCAAUCCCAUAUUGUGUUGGUAAAUGGCUCCCAUCUGAUCAGGCCGUCCUUGACAAGUGGCUGCAAGAUCUCAUUGAAGAAGUUGAUGGGAAGGAUUCCACUGAUUGUAUUGAUGAUGUUGAUGCUGCAGAUGGAGGCCUUGAGAUAGUCGGAUUAGAGCCACCAGUUAGGGCUCUUCAAGUCCUGAUAGAAACGGACUCAGAGGUCAACAUGUUCUUCCACCAAAUGUUUCGACAGAUCCCAGCUAAAGAUCCAACCUGUAAACCGCAUAUUACCAACUAUCGUCUUAUGUUGCGUCUGAUAAACCACAUCAUGACCAAGGCACCAGAAUUCAACGAGUCCGGACUAGUUGGUUUUCCCAUCAAUGCUAUUCUAAAUUGGCCUAUGGGAACCACAGGAGGGUUUGCUGCCUUUUUGAAUGACAAAGUUAAUGUUCAUUUUAAAAACAUCCUCAAUCACUGGGCCAUCUUCCUUAAAUCUGAAGAAUCUCGCUAUGUCCUUAAUAAAGGAGAAAAUGGCUGGCUAGGAACUAAAGCCCUGGAACACAUGCAGGAUUUUGUCACUGAUUUCGUAUGUGAUGAAGACAAAGACUACUAUGGCUUCAAAUCUUGGGAUGAUUUUUUUACUCGGGAGUUUCGUGAAGGCAUUCGUCCCAUUGCUUCCCCUAAUGAUCCGCAAGUCAUAGUAAAUGCUUGUGAGUCUGCUCCAUAUAAAAUACAGGAAAAUGUGAGACGCCGAGACAGGUUCUGGAUCAAAUCACAGCCUUACUCCAUCUACUUCAUGCUUGCUAAUGAUCCAUUAGCAGAGCAGUUUGUAGGAGGCACUGUAUAC